AAACAACAACACAAACAACCUCGCCCUGCGUUCCAUUCUGGAUAAAGAUAAAUUGAACAGAACAAACUUUGUUGACUGGCAACGCAAUCUCUGCAUUGUUCUCCGCAUGGAUGAGAAAGAGUAUGUGCUCGAAAAGCCCAUUCUUCCUGCCCCUCCCGCUAACGCCCCGAAAGCGGUCAAAGAUGUCUAUGAGAAACACGUCAAGGAUGACAACCAGGUUAGCUGUGUCAUGCUGGCUACCAUGAUAACCGAGCUGCAAAAACAGCACGAGGACAUGAAGGCCCACGAGAUGAUCGUGGCCUUGCGGCAGCUAUACCAGGGGCAAUCCAGGCAUGAACGUUUUCUCGUGAGUAAGGCUCUCUUUAGUUGCAAGCUCUCUUCAGGGAACCCGGUCGGUCCGCACAUUCUCAAAAUGAUUGGUUACAUAACCAAUCUGGAGAAACUCGGGUUCUCCUUGCAGAGGGAGCUGGCAACGGACCUGAUCCUGCAGUCGCUCCCUGAGCUGUAUAAGGGUUUUGUCAUGAACUACAUGAUGCAUGAUCUUGACAAACCCCUUCCGGAGCUUCUUAAAAUGCUCCAGACUGCAGAGGAGAACCUUACUAAGGGCAAGGGUGAUUCCGUCCUUAUGGUCCAAGGCGGAAAGGGGAAGCCGAAGAAGGGGAUUAAGAUUAAGGCUAGGACGGUCGGAAAGCCUAAAUCGAAGUCCACUUCAUCUGCAACCCAGAAACCCAUAGGAGGAGUUGCAAAGGGCAAAUGUCAUCACUGUGGUAAGGCAGGCAACUGGAGAAGAACCUGCAAAACAUACCUCGCUACCAAGAAGAAGGAAGGUACGACCAUUUCUUCUGAGGUGUAUGUUAUAGAAGUUAACAUGUCUAUAUCUUCAUCAUGGGUACUAGAUACUGGAUGUGGGUCUCAUAUCUGUACUACCAUGCAGGGACUGAAGCAGAGUAGACGGUUAGCUCGAGGCGAGAUUGAACUCCGAGUCGGCAAUGGUGCACCUGUUGCAGCUUUGGCAAUCGGAACUUAUAGUUUAGUCUUGCCUAGUGGUCUAAUGUUGGAAUUAAACGAUUGCUUUCCCAAGCUUCAACCAUUAGCUCACCUCUGGAAGAAAUCUGAAGAUCGCCGAUAUUGGAGGAGACGGAACUCUGGCCCAAAUACCAGUGCAGCUGGUGAGAUUUCACUCUCUAUUGAAAGCAAAGACUUCGAACUAUCGUAUGAAGGGCACAACAUCAUCAUCUCCGAAUCUAAAUCAGGUAAAAUCCGCCAUCUAUACAUCGCUAAGACUCUUGCCCCUUGGCUAAUUGAUGUUCUAAGUCGGCCGGAAUACUCAAACGAAAACUGGGAAAUUACCGGUUAUGAUGGUGAUUCUUUCCUCAAUGUUUUUUGGGAUUCAAAUAGAUUUGGUCACUUUGCUCGCCUCUCAUCAAAUCUGGGACCCCAACACUCUCAAAUUUUCAUACCCGCUGGUUACUCUUUAGAAGGAUUAAAAAUUUUUAGCAGGGGUUUGACUGAGCUCUUACGGGCCUCGGAAGGGAGAUGUAGUCAGAGUGACCCUCUGCCACUCCCUUACAGUGAUGAAGGAGAUUGCAGGAAGCUCAAAAAUGACAAGGACGAAGGAUGGAGAUGCUGCCCCAGCUGGGUGCUGACUUCUGAAAGGGUUGAUGAAGAUCGAAAGCGUCCUGGAAAUAUGCUCCUUAUUGACUCUAUAAUGGAACAAGAACUGGAAGGUGCUCCAAAACACACUCUAGAUGCAGAAGCUCUAAUUGACAAGGAUUGUCUGAAGAUACUCGAUCAAGUCAUUAGGGACAACCUUAACCUCUUCCGGAGAUCAGUAGCAAACAAAAGAUUUUUGCAAGUUCUUAAGAAGGGUGAGAUACUCAGUUACUCAGGGGAAGUUAUCAGGGUCACUAGAGAAGCAAUGAAGAGCUUCGAGUUCAUUGAUGCAGCAAUAAUUCAAGGAGCAAAGUAUCCGGUAUUCCUUGCUUAUGCAAAGGAGGAUAUGGAGGUAGUGCUCACUCAACUGUGUGGUGUUCAAGAAUGAAUGUAGAACACAUCUUGGCCAGGGAUAGUUUUCACUUCCAUUCAGUUUUAUUUUCAGCCUUUCUAGGAUGGGUUUUCUUGCAAUAAUUUCACCCUACUGUUGGUGUUUGGGGUGUGGCAGUAGUCACAUAGUUAUUAGGGACACAAAGUCCCACAAUGAGUUUGAAGGCUGGUAGGUUUAGGCCGUUUAGUAGCCCUAGACUUUGGUGAACGGAAAAUCAAGAAUUUUGUGGGUU